AUGGCUGACACCUCCAAGUUGCACCCUGCGACUACAGUCACCAAUAUCAAAUCAUGCAUUCCUAUUGUUCUUGACUAUGAAGGCAGCCAAUACAACAACUGGGCUACCCUCUUCAAGCUCCAUUGCCGAGUAAACUUGGUGAUCGACCAUAUACUACCUCCUGCCUCCCCCACCGUGCCACCACCGGCAACGGCAGCCGAGAAACUUGCUAGGAAAGCUCUAUGGGAACGGCUAGAUGACAUUGUUCGUCAAUGGAUAUAUGGUACCAUAUCGAAUGAUCUUCUCAACACGAUCAUUCAUCGAAGAGGGUUCUUCACUCGAGGCAUGGAAUCGUCUUGUUCAUCUCUUUCAGACAACAAAUCGGCUGGAGCUUUGCUGAUGCAAAAUUCACCAACACCAAAUUGGUGGACUUUCCGAAUGUGA